AUGAGGGAAGUCAACUUCAGCAUCCCCAACGUCAAUAAGGCGUCCGUGGGCAUCACCACUGCCUUGUAUGACCGACGUGCCCUCGAUUGCACCUCGACAUUGCCUCUGAUCAACUCGCUCAAUCAUCUUGCUUAUCUGACAACAUCCUCUGCCCGCAUUCGCGACAUCCUCACCGUCGAUGGAGGCAUCGAGAGGCUUGUCUGCAUCCUCAAGCAGGGCAGGAGCAAGGACAUGAUGGACAUGUGGAAGUGGAACUUGGCCUUCCAGUGCGUCGUCAACAUAGGCGUCCGAGGCACCGAAGGCGUCCGGACGCGGGUGGUCGAGGCCGACAUGGUCCCGGUCAUUGCCACCAUCCUCGACAACUACAUCAAGGUCAUCGAUAAAUGUCGCGAGAAGGCCGAGGAGGCGAAGCAGAAGCAGCUGCAGGAUCACCACAGUCGGCACAGGAGUCAUGAGCACCGGAGCAGCUCAAAGUCGUCCAGCUUCGCCAACCGACCCGGCCGUAUGGAUAUCGACCAGAGGACAUUCCGACGUCAGGCACCACCUCCGUCCAUUGAUGUCUCUGCCACCUUUGCCAACAAUUCCGUAUCUGUAGACCAAGCAAAUGGCUCCGAAGCCACCCCGACCAUUUCGCAGUUGCCCGUCACAUCUCCACCUGAGCGACCGUCUUUUGGUGUGCAUCGACACCACCACCACCACCAUCAUCACUCUCACAGGACGGCCGAGGCGAGAUCCAGCGUAGCGUCGCCUUCUCGUCAAGUUAUUCAGCCUCUUGCGCCUGCCGUCCCUGCUGCAGAGACCGGCGAGCCGUCUUUCCUCCGCCCGGUUCGCGACAUUGACCGGCUAGCGUCAAUGAUGCCCUUCGUUCCCAACAUGUCUUCUCAGCCCGCAUCCCCUACGACACCUCUCCCCCCUCCUCAGUCGCGGUCCCCCACCGUGCGUCCCACAUCGAUGCUUGCCCCUACCGGGCGGUCUCGGAGACGGCCGUCCAUCCGGCACCAGAACUCGACUGCUGCUGAAUCGGAUGAUCUAGCUACGGAGAGCAUCCAGUCAGACGAGUCUCCUGAUGCGGAAAUGUCUGGCACCAACGAAGUGCAAACUGCUGUCAACAUUCAAGACAUGUCCAUGGAGGAGUCGGAGAGCAUCUUGGCUGGCGCCUCUAUGGAUUUGAACACGCCGACCGUGUCCGAGACACAAGACACGGGCACUUUCAACAUCACUCAUCGUGCCCCCAUGGAUGGGAGCAUCGUCAACACGACUGCCCCGACCCCUGUGCCGGCCAUGGGCCUGUCGCCCAACCGACCCACCAUGGUCACUCCACCUCAGCCCACCAUGCCCAAUGCCAGCGUGCCUCGAUAUCUACUAGAUCGGCAGCUGACCCCCAAUCCCCAAAUGCUUGCGGCCAUGCCGCGGGAGGAGGACGUUUUGAUGUCGCUCCAACUCCUGGCAUAUGUCUCCAAGUAUUGCAACCUGAGGUCGUACUUCCAGAAGAGCCACUUGGUGCCGAGACUCAAGAUUGGCAAGGAACUGCAGCUCCUCGACGGCGAUGAGAAUGCCGCCGACACAAUGCUCGACGAUGAGGAGUAUGAGGAAGAGUAUCUCCUACCCAACGACCUGAACAUAUUUCCGCUUGUGGAGAAGUUCACCGUUCGUUACCAUAGUACAGACAUGCAAUACUGGGCUGGGGUUGUUAUGAGGAACCUCUGCCGGAAAGAUGAUACCCGGGGAGGCAUCCGCCAGUGUGCCUACUACCAAUGCGGCAAGUGGGAGGAGUACACCCGCCAGUUCGCCAAGUGUCGCCGUUGCCGAAGGACCAAGUACUGCAGCAAGGAGUGCCAGAAGAGCGCCUGGGCCUUCCACCGCCAUUGGUGUGUGGCUGCAUCGCAAUGA